CCGGGGAGAGGCGGAUUUAAGGAGUGGCGCUGCGGGAAGGUGGCCUUGCUGCUCCCAGACCGGCCUCCUCACGCACGCUGUCCCGUCGCCCGCCAGCAGGAUGCCCGUCAAAGGAGGCACCAAAUGCAUCAAGUACUUGCUCUUUGGCUUCAACUUCAUUUUCUGGCUUGCAGGAACAGCAGUUCUUGCAAUUGGAUUAUGGCUUCGGUUUGAUUCACAGACCAAAAGCAUCUUUGAACUGGAAUCCAACAACACAACGUUUUAUACAGGAGUUUACAUCUUAAUUGGAGCUGGUGCACUGAUGAUGCUGGUUGGCUUCUUGGGAUGCUGUGGUGCAUUGCAGGAAUCACAGUGUAUGCUUGGCCUGUUCUUUGUCUUUCUGUUUGUGAUUUUCGCCCUUGAAAUUGCUGCUGCCAUCUGGGGAUUUGCAAAUAAAGAAAAGGUUAUUGAAGAGUUAAAGGACUUCUACACAGAAACCUAUGAAAAGAGAUCUCAACCAGCUGCCAGGGAAACCUUGAAAGCAUUUCAUUUUGCUCUGAACUGUUGUGGUGUUACAGGAAGUCUUGAGCAGAUGUUCAUGGAUAUCUGUCCAAAGAAGUCCUUGGCUGAGUCACUUACUAUAACGUCAUGUCCUAAAGCCAUCGAUGAUGUCUUUCAGUCAAAACUGAAUGUGAUUGGAGCAGUUGGUCUUGGUAUUGCUGUAAUAAUGAUUUUCGGCAUGAUAUUCAGUAUGGUUCUUUGCUGUGCUAUCCGCAGAAACAGAGAAAUGGUCUAAGAGCUAGAAAUCCAAGACCCCUGCACUAUAAAAUCUUUGUCAUUAACUCUAGCGUUCUCAAAGCAUUUCUAAAAAGUUAUAUAUUUGUUACCUUUUUAAUGCUUUAUUUGGUACUGAUGUAGGUUUGCUUUUUAUGCUAUAGGUUAAAAUGAUAAAGGUAUAUCUGACUCAAGACAAAUAUUGUACAUAAAAUAUCUGACUUUCUUGAAACUUAUGUAAUUUGGAUGUAAUUUAUGUUGGAGACAAUUUGAUACUUAAUAAAGAGUAAGAUGUAUGUUUGUGGGGGAAAGUUGUUGAUGCCCCAUUCCUGCAAGUGUACAAGACCAGGCUGGAUGGGGCUGUGAGUAACCUGAGUGGAAAGUGUCCCUGUUUAUGGCGGGGGGUGCUGGGACUAAAUGAUUUCUGAAAUCCCUUCCAACCCAAACCAUUCUGUGAUUCUAUGUCUAUUAAUCAUACCGUUUGACGAGUAGCAUGAAUUUGAGCUUGCAUAACGUGUGUGUUCAAUCACUGGGUUUUUAACAUAACACAGGAAGUAACUCUGAUAUCAAUGCCUUAUUUGAAGAAGAUUCCAAAGAAUGCAAAGAUAACUGUUCAUAGUCUACUUUA